AUGUUAUUCAAUUGCGCUUCGGCAACUCACUUAUCUAACACAAUUCCUCCUUGUAAAACAUUUGGGUUUUUUAAACAGCAUAACGAAACUGUUACUGAUCGUUGCUCUGUUUGGUCGGAUGACAUCAUUCCUGAAAUCUGCUCAGCUGGCACACAAUCGCGGAUUCGAAUUUUGAAACAUGUCUUUCUUUUUCCAGAGUUACAACCAUUAUCAUUAUUCGAAAUGUUUUCUGUGGGUUUGAGAAGUACUGAUACGUGGCAGUUGAACACCGGCGAGAAGGGUAGUGAUUGCAUUUCGGGAAGUAUAAAUCGGUGUACAUCUUGCUUCCGGAGGAUCUCAGGCACUCUACGUAAGCUUAAUGAAGCCUAUCGGUCUUUCGACACAACUCUUUCUCGAUUCGACUGCCUGCCAGCAGUGGACACUGCCUCUGCAACAAGACCGUUCUCACCUAACGCAACGUGUGAAAAUUGUAAAAUAUGGUAUCGGCGAUGGUUGUUAGUUCAAUCACUUCAAAUUUGGCAACGUCCUUCGUGUAUCAACUGGUGCUACUAUACUCAACUAGCUUGCCCACAUUUGGCUCCCGCCAAGCUAUGGGACUACGCAGGUCAUCCUUCUUUUCAGUGCAGAGACAUGGAUAUUGACAGUUGGCGUCAUGAAUGUGACUGUAUUCAUCCGUGUGAUGUGAAAGGAAUCGUAGCACCAGGCAUUGGUAUGGGAACUGCACCCUCAGUUCAACAUGAUUUCUUUGCUGCUCAGAUUCAUUGUGAAACCCGUAAAAAAGAGUGCCACAAGCGUUUCAAACAAAUUCGAAAAGUUAAAAGGAGUGAAACCAACAAUGUUCUCGCUUUGUCCUCAAGCUCAUCAUUACCAAAACUUUCUAAUUUCUUUUUUUGUGAACUAGCCUUAUUUCUAUUGUUGUUCCUUCGAUUUACGUUGUUGUUAUAG